AUGGAUAAUGUAAAUAAUACUUCUAAUAAUGGAGAAGAAGAUACAGAACUUAUUAUUAGUUCAUUAUUCACUGAUAUGGUUACAGAAGUUUUGUUGAUGCAUCAACAGCAUCUUGCAAAACUAAAUAGAGGACGUGUACGUCGAUGUCGAGAACCAAAAAUUGCCAAUGAUCGAUGGGGUACUGACAUUCCAUGUCAUCAUGGAGGUUUUUAUACAAGCACUGAUCGUUUCAAUCCAGGACAUCUUGUUACACAUAAAUGGGAAAAUUGCUUUACUAUCGACAAACAUUCAUGUGGUUACAUUCGUACAUCAGGUGUUAAUGACUACCUCACGAUUCAAGAGAUCCUUUAUCAAAUUAUAACCACUGUCAGUACGGGAGGUAACGUAUUAAUUAAUGUUGGUCCAACAUCAUAUGGAAAAAUUUCACCAAUAUACGAAGAACGUCUUCGACAAAUGGGUUCAUGGUUGAAAGUUAACGGUGAAGCUAUCUACAAUAGCAUUCCAUGGAAAUAUCAAAAUGAUACAAUUAAUAAAAAUGUUUGGUAUACAUCUUCCAACGAUAAACAGUUUAUUUAUGCAUGUGCACCAAUCAGUUCGUCAAAUACAAGUAUAACACUCCUUGGCUCAGAUGUUGGUUCAUUAAGUUGGCGUUCAGCUGGCACAAGUGGUGGCAUCGUCAUUGAACUAUCAAAUAUCAAAAUAUGUUCACUUGCAAGCAAUUGGGCAUGGGUUUUCAAAUUACAAAAUGUUACUCCGAAACAAACAAAUGAAAAAUGA